AUGGCGCUCAUCGCUGGCAAGACCAUCAUCACCUCGAUAUCUCUGUUUCACCUCACCAUGGCCUAUUUCAUGCUCUUCAACCCGCGUACCGUCGACGACCAGAUCCUCGUCUACAUUCUCGGGCGCAGCAUGGGACUGCCACCCGCUCGUGGACUUGAUUCGCCAUCCCCGGCGCUCGCCUUUCUCGCCGUCGUCCUCGCCCUGCUGGGCCUGAGCGACCUCGUCUCCCUCUCCAUGCCCGAGGAGCUGGGCGCGCUCUACUACUGGGGCACACAAGCGCCCGUACGGUUCAUGGUUUCCAUGGGCCUCGUCUUUUACAGCUACACCUUUGGCCCGACCGGCCCCCUCGGCGCGUAUACGACUGGCACCAGUCGCAAACCCGGCUUCUUUGGCGGCGGCGGCGGCUCAGCGACCGACGGGCUCAAAAACCGCGUCAUCUUUACCUUUGUCUUCAUCGAGAUGGUCGCCUGGUUCUGGCUCUGGGUGACGCUACGCGAGGAGCGCGUGGGUGUUGUCGACCGCCUGCGCAAGCAGCAGGAGCGCAACGCCCGAUAA